GGAAUAUCUCUCCUGCCAUAUUUUUGGCUGGGUUCUACUUUGCCAAUAAGAGAAAGAUGGAUUAUGGAGCCAUUUCAGCCUCAUGUCUUCAUAACCAGAGGCUUUCUUGGAGAUUAACCAUUCCAGAUCCAGAUGUAAAGUCUUAAGUUUCUCAAUACAAACCCGACAUGGGUUCAAACUUUACAUGAGCGUGCUGGGCCAAUACAAGCCUAUUUAAUCAGAAUAAGGCCAUAAACAGCUCUUGUGACAUCACAUUUCAUUGUGGAGUUUUAUAACAUAAUGACGGAAACACCUUUUGAGAGAAAAUGAUGUAUCCUUUGUGCAAGAGCUUUGACACUACUAGAAAAUAUCUUUGUUGAUGUUGCAUUUAAAUGCACUUUCCACUAUUGCAGUGCAUUUCACAAAUGAAGCAGGAACCGUGGGCACCUGCCGGGCAAACAACAUUGCAAAAAGGUGUACAGAGUGCUCCAGAGCAGAGGUCACCAUCCCCCGGUCUGUAAACGCAGUAUAGGUCCAUGGCAUGCCAGAAACCGGGCCACGCAAAUAAGCGAAGCCCCAUCCACGGGAUGCAGACAGCGUACGAAACCACACACACCCCGGUCCACGGAAAAACCACGAACCGGGCAGAAGGUUGGAUUAGAAAACCUCCAAGCCCUAUAUAUUAUGUGAUUCUGUAAUGCACAUGAUAUUUAGAGUGACAAUGAAGUUGUCAGGGUUCCAAGUAAUACAUCCACAGCAAACAGAACUCCGAGGCAGGUAGAUUCUUCGAAGAACAUUUUUAUUGAAUAUAUCAUAUUGGCACAGAGUGGUGAAAACCGAGUCUAAAGGUUCCCAUGGUUUUCACCUAAUUAAAAGUUUUUUCCCAAACGAUCAGUCACAUGGUCCAAUCAAGGCACUGUCCGGUUGCUUGGAAACUUCACUCCUGUCUUCACCCACCCACAUUCGUCCUUGGUUCUCAGGGGAAACUAUUUUGUUUUGGCUACAAAACCCCAGCUAUCUCUAAUCCCCCCCCCUCCCUAUCCCUCAGCACCAUUGUGGCAACACUAAAGCCUCCAAGAUGGCCUCAGUCAGGCUAGCUUCAGAGUUGAGGGAAGUCAGAAAUACCUGUUAAGAUUAUCAGAUGAUGCCACCCCUUUUUCAAUUGGUUCUCCAGGUUUCAUCAUUUUACAAUGAUGUUUACAAAGAGUAAACGCUGAUGCAAAAAAAUUAAAUUCUGUUUCCCACACAGUCCAUUCCCCCAAGUUUCAAUUUUUGAUUAUAUGACUCAAGGUUCAUUUGAUUUGUAAACUGUGAUCAGUAGUAUAUGUGUAUUCACAAAAAAACUGCCUAUUCCCUUGUGGACUUGUGCACGUGUUUAUAUAUAUAUAUGAGGCACUCUGUUCUCUCUACCAACAACUGGAGCCUGUGACAGUGGAAGGAGAGAGCUUUUCCAGAGAUGGCACAUCACUGCAGAACAAUUUUUUCACAUAUCAUUUCUCUUUACUGCCAAGGAAAGACCAUCCUGAUCAUUCUUGUAGGCUUUAAUAAGUAAUUUUAUUUCUGCUUUUACGGAAGGUUUUGCUUCGCUUUUAUGGGCUUUGCCAAACAGGAACUUCCAAAGGUGCUUUUUCCAAAAGGAAACUGGACUUUUGUUUUUUCUUUGAAAACGUUUCAUUUCUCACCCAAGAAGCUUCUUCAGUUCUGAAUUAAAGAAUACCAUGCGUAUUCCAACUAAGAGCAUUUUGAUUUGGGUUUUGGAGGUCAACCUGUAAAAAUCAUAAUAAUAUCAAAUAGGAAGAUAGUGGGACAAGUUUCGUGACCUUUGCACGGAAGCUGGAAUUCAAGGUUCAAGCUAAUAGAAGAAAACCCCUUUUAAUUUAUCACAGAGAGGCCACAAUAAUAUGUACAUCAUAUUAGAAAAACUAUUUGGGAAAUGAUCCUGUGCAACGGGAUAUGUUGGGUUGCAUCUAUCUGGAAAUUUCAAGAGCUUGAAAGCAAAAUUGACUAAUUGGGUUUGUCAUGCUGGGUUAAAAUUGACUGGCUCGCUUGUGCUUGGAUUGGACCAAUGCACCAGGCAAAUUGUGUUAAUUCAGUAAGACUGCAUUCACUUAACCAAAAAUUAGCUGGCAAACGGCCUGAAAUGAUUCUAGCCUUGCAAUCAGUAAGUAAACUGAGCUUUCCAGGUGACCUUUUAGAAACUUCCUAAUUCUAUGAAAUUAAUAGAAAUGAAGCAACCUAAUAAAAUCUCAGGAGCUACUUGCACACUCCAAUAUUAUGUACAGUUGGUCCUUGAUUUAUGACAACUGAACCCCAAAUUUAUGUUGUUAAGUGAAACAUUCGUUAAGGGAGUUUUGCCCCAUUUUAUGACUUUUCUUGCCACAGUUAAAUGAAUCACUGUAGUCGGUGAUGUUAGUAACAUGGUUGUUAAGUGAAUCAGGCUUCCCCAUUGAUUUUGCUUUUCAAAACUUUGAAAAGGUGAUCACAUGACCUUGGGACACAGCAACAAACCAGUUGCCAAGCAUCUGAAUUUUUUAUAUAUAUAAUUUUUUUUAUUUUUAAAUGUAGUAAUUUCAUCUUCAAUUAAACAGUGUGUCAUCCGGGUACAAAUAUCUUUGUAAAAUAAUAAUCAAAUAAUCCAGUGUUUACAGCAAUAUUCAUUACAUUAACAUUAAUUCUAUAAUAUUAAAAUAAUAAUAUUAAACAUAAUCAUAUUUGCUUCUCUCUCUUAACAUAUCUUCUUUAUUUCACUAAUCUUUUUCUUUUGUUUCCCUGUUUCUAAUUUCCAUUUUUAUUAUCUAACCAUUGAUAAAAUAAGUCCCAUGUCAUGUAAUAUUCAGUUUGUCCUUUUUCCUUAAUUGCUAGCGUUACUCUAUUCAUUUCUGCACAUUCUAAUAUUUUCCUGAUCACAUUCUCAUCUGUGGGGAUCUCUUCACUUUAUCAAUUUUGUGCAAACACAACUCUUGCUGCAGUUAAUAUACUAUAUGAAUAAUUAGAUAUGCAUUUCCCUUACUAUAUUUUUCGGGUAAAAUCCCCAACAAGAAUAUUUCUGGCUUUAAGUCAAUGUGCUGCUUUAUCAUUUUUUCCAGCCAAGCAUCUGAAUUUUGAUCCCAUGGUCAUGGGAUUCUGCUACAAAGUGGUGUGAAAAAUGGUUAUAAGCAGUGAUAGGAUUCAGCCAGUUCGCACCACUUCGGGAGAACCGGUUGUUAACUUUCUGAGCAGUUUGGCAAACUGGUUGUUGGAAGAAAUCAUUACGGCAGAGAACCAGUUGUUAAAUUACUUGAAUCCCACCACUAAUCAUAAGUCACUUUUUUUCAGUGCUGUUGUAACUUGGAACGGUCACUAAAUGAACUGUUGUAAAUCGAGGACUACCUGUAUUACUACUAGAAGUACCAAGUUUUUUGAAUCUGAAUUAUUAGCCCAGGAACAGAAGAGACAGUGUAAACAAAAAGGGACCCAUGCCCACAUACCUAGAAAAUGCUUUUCUGGCUUCUCAGGUGGAGCAAAGGGCAGGGAUUUUGUCAGCCAUGAAAAGAUGAACUGGGGGAAUAAAAAGCUUCACCAGACAUGUUUCUUAUUCCCACGGGAGACCAACAUGCUUAGAUUUGAAUGGCCCACUGCAAUCCGAGACGUUGGCGUGUGCAAAAAUUAGGAGAGGAAUCGAGGGCAGGCAAGGAGCGUUUUCUUUGCAUUUUCACAAGGCUGGGAUAUUCCGCACCUGUUGAUUUCCCACCUGCCGCCCCGUCGGGGCCCGCAGGAAGCCAAAGGGGCCAUCUUGGCUCGCCGCCAGAGGGCUCCGGCUCCAGCUUUUUCCCCGCCGCCCGAGGCUAUUGGCCGGUUAGCUGCCUGCUGGCCCAGACGAGGGCUGCGCGGGGCGGGAAGAGCGGCAUGAGGCUGCCUGGAGACGGGGCAAGAAACGCGGGACUGAGGGAAAGGCUCCCUGCGCCUCCUUUGCGGAGCGGCGCCAGCCCGGCUCGCCUUGAUUUGGCGCCUUCGUGGUCCCAGGCUUUAAAAUAUACGACUGGUUGGCUUCGGGAUCAGUCCAAAUUCGUGGAGGAAAGAUGGCUGUUGCAGAUGUGGCUCUAGUCCCAGAAGCCUUUAUGGAGGUGACUGUGUGUUCAAGUGAUGUGCAGCACACACAUUUGGGUCGCCGACAGAAAACCACCUACAAGAAUAGCGUACAGGGGAACUACUUGACCGCAGCUGCCAUAGGCCGAGUUCAUUGCCACCCCUCUGAGCUGCUCUCCCGUUUGGAUCGUGGAGAAGAAGCCUGGGUCCCACAAAUCCAGAGCUCUGAUGAAAGUGCAGAUGAAGGCCCAAUUAAGCCAACACUGAAGCAGUUACCGACGGGAGGGACCUGGUGGGCUCGAUACCGGAGUCCUGUGACAUACCCCAGUUCAGAGUCUGCAAACUCAGAUAAUGAUCAAGAAAGUGAAGAAGAGAAGCCUCAUCGUGGAAGUUAUCCUCACCGUGGAGGUUUUCGACCAACGAUCCUUCGCCGAAACUUAUUUAAUAAUUCCAAGGGGAAUGGAUCACAGAGUCAGAAGCCCAGAGAGGCCUAUAAACAUGGGUCCCAGUUGAAGAAGCCUUCACAAAAUCAGCUAGGAAAGACAAAGGCAGAAACGGGCAAUGCCAACGAGAGCUCACAGACCAAAGAAAGAGCUGCAGGAAGGGACCAUCCGGUUUCGUGCCCUGAUUGCAGACAGAUCUUCAAGUCCAAAAUAUCUCUCUCCAAUCACCAGAGGAUACACAAUAUGACAAAGGCCUAUAAAUGCCCUGACUGCGAAGAAGGAUUUUCAUCCAAAAAAGUCUUUGACCGCCACCAGAGGGGUCACAGAGCAGAAGCAGGCAACAGACCUUCCUACAGCAUUGUGAAGCCUCAAAACAUGAAGCUUUAUGAAUGUUUCGCCUGCAAGAAAUCUUUUGAGCUCAGAGAGCAAUUCCUCCUACAUCAAAAGAGCCACACGACCCAGCAGCCCUAUGAAUGUGAUGAAUGUGGGGAAAUGUUUGUCCAGAAGGAACUUCUUGACAAACAUCAAAAUUGCCACACAACACCCAAAAACAACAGAAAGAUGGAUAAGAAGGAAGAAAAGAUGGAUAGUACGCCUGAAACUGCAAAAAAGAAAGACAGUACAGCCCCUGUCUCUGGGAGCACAAGACCACUGAACAUUGGCCUCAGUAGACAACAGCAAGACCAAGUCAAUCUCCAUAAAUGUCAGUUUUGCGGGAAAUGUCUAAGGUUCAAAAGUUUGCUUGUGGACCAUGAGAGAAUGCACAGGGAAGCAAGGCCAUAUAAAUGUUCCCAGUGUGCUAAGAGCUUCCUUCAUAAGGCUAUUUUAAUGUCACACAUGAUGACCCAUAUGAAGCAGGCAUCCAGGAAGCAUCCCAAAAAAGUUAAAAGCUUGGCUGUGAAAAGUGCCUUGGUUGAUUCAGAAAUCCCUCACAAAAGAGGAAAUCCCUCUAAAUCCAGAAAAAUCAUCACUCGUAGCUCUUACCGCAUUUGGCGCCCAAGAAAAUGGGUACAGAAAAGCCCCUAUCAGUGUCAAUAUUGUGGGAAAUAUUUAAGUACAAGAAUCAUACUUGCUGAUCAUGAGAAACUCCACACAGGUGAGAGACCGUAUAAAUGCCACAAAUGUACAGACAGUUUCAUUCGAAAACACCACCUUUUUCGACAUCUAGCGAUUCACCUCAGAGAGAUCUCCAAUGAAGAUGUCAAAAGUUUGAGGAUCAAAAGUCGCCAGACUAUGAGGAUCAAAAGACGUCACUAUGGACAGAAGGCUUCUGAAGGUCUUCUCCCUGCAAGUGAUGUCACUCGUCGCUCAGGACUUGCCAAGCACCCCAAAAUCCCCACUCAAGAGAAUUAUGUAUGUCAGCAUUGUGGAAAAUGCAUGAGAACCAAAAGCUCCUUUGUCAAUCAUGGGAAAAUCCAUAGGAGAAAGCAACAGCCGUAUCCCCACUUGGAACGUGAGGAAAACACCUCCCAGGAAGAACCUUUGGUUUCCCACCAAGAAACCCACGCAGGGGAAAAACUCUCUCUGUGCUCAGACUCCAAAGACAAAACAAUCACAAAAGAUCCCCCCACCUCCUCCCACAGGGUUUCCCACAGAAGGAAAGAGCCCCACCUCUGUCACAAAUGUGGGAAAACCUUUGAUGAUAACUAUUCCUACACCAGGCAUCAACGGAUCCACUCUGGGCAAAAGCCUUUCAGAUGUGCUGCCUGUGGGAAAGCCUUUGUCCAGACAUGGCAUCUGAAGAGACACGAAAAGACCCACCUGAAAGGAAAAUUCCCCGAACAGCCCGUUGUAAGGGAGGUCAUCCAUGAAAAUAGCCACCUGGACCGAAAGCUCUUCAAAUGCUCUCUGUGUGGAAAAGACUUCUUUCAGCCGUGGCAUCUGAAGAGACACAAGAGAAUUCACCUGAAUGAAGAAUGCCGUAAACUAUCUGCAAUCAUGGACGUCACACGGGCAUUUUCUAAUUUCCCAAGCACCACAGCUUCUACGGAAGAAGGUAAAGGAGAUCCUCUUGGAAAAGCGUUGCAGCUCCCACUUCACCCAGAUGAGGUUAUCGGCUUGCCACAUGCCCAGGAAGAAGCAAGAGACCUGCUGGUGCCCUUAGAAGAAAGAUCAGACACAGGAGCUCCAGAAAAGCAUAUUACCGUGCCAGUGCAAUUAUCUAGAAAAUUCAAAGAAAAUAUUUUGCUGGGCCAUGGGGAAGUCAGCCAGGCAGUGAAAUCGGAGAGGAAACACAGAAGAAAGGACAUAUUCUCUAUCCAUCAGUCCAGGACCUGCUCCAAAAAUGUCCACUCCCAAAGUCAUAAGAAGGAUAAAAACCACGAUGGCUGGCAAUUGAGACCACGGGCUUCCUCCAUAAGAAAAUCUAAGAGAGAAACGCAGCUUGUGAGGAAAAGGCCCAAACGUUGCUUUUGUCAACUAGAAGAACGAGAAAUGAUCCGCCCAAACGCACCCAACCCCCCCAGGAAAGUAAAAUAUUGCGAUGGUCCUGAAAGCGAGCCCUGUGUGAGUGUUUCCUCCAGUUUGUUUCAAGGUGCAUCCAAGAACCACAAGCCAAAGGAUCUUUGCCUCGAACUGCCCUGCCAGAAAACAUUCUCCAGAGAAGCCCAAAUGAAAGUUACCAAAAGUGUUGUGCAAAGGAACACAGUCGCAUCUGUGGCACAGGAAAGGGAAUCGCUUGAGGCCAAUUCCAGCUCUCAGAGUUGUGAGAAAGAAAAACGCAAGCUAUCCAAUGUCAGGGAUCCAGCAGAGACCCGGCCUACACCACGGUUGUCCAAAAGCAAGACCCAGAAGGAUCAUGACCGACUCUGCCCUCUAAAUGCGUGCUCAAAUGCUACCGCCCAGAAUUUGGGGAGAGCACCUUUGGCUCAGCAGCUGGGAGAGAUCCAAAAUCCACUAAGGAUACAGAAGAGAGCAAAGGGUAGACGCAGUGUUGAACUGCAAAAAGCAAUAUUGAGGAAGCUCCAGCGCUCGCCUUCUAAGGGAAAAACCGCCUGUGAUCAGCAGAUGCUGCAAAUGAAACACGUCUGCAGUCGGUGCAAGAAAUCCUUCCGUAGCCGGACCAAUCUCUUGAUUCAUGAGAAGAACCACACAGAGAACAGACCGUUCCCGUGCAUCCACUGUAAGAAAAGUUUCUUUUCUGUGACGGCCCUUAAGAUCCACAUGCGAAUCCACACAGGGGAGAAACCUUUCAAGUGCUCCGAAUGCGACUUUCGCUGCAACGUGUUGGGUAAUCUCAACAGGCACAAGGCCAACCACAGCCAGGAAGGGCUCCAGCCUUGCAUGCAUUGUGGGAAAAGCUUUUGGCUGAAUCCUGAACUUAUGACCCAUUUAAAAUUGAGUGGCAAGAAGAAGGCUUAUGCCUGCCCGGAUUGUGAACAAGCAUCUAUGCACAGGAACCUUCUAAAGCGGAAGAGGAAGAAGUUAUGAUGCGAUUCAGAAACUGAAUCCUAUUGUGAGAAGAUGAGAGACCACAUCAUUCUUCCAACAUUCCAGCACCUUAUCUCUUUCAAAAUUGGGAACAUAUUCGAGCACUCUCUCUUGGAUUCCUCCCCCCCCCAUGAAGCAUUAGAGGAGGCCCUAGCAAACACAUUUAUUCUAGAGUGUCUCACCUCUUUGCUUUUAUCUCAAUAAUAUUCUUUUUAAGUUGGGUCAAAAGAUCACUUGUGUAACCCCUUCUUCCAGUCCUCCAAGAAUUUGGGUGAAACUGCCAGAAAGAUGCCCCCCUUUGGUGAAAAUAGAGGUUUUUUUAAUCAGAAAGAUGAUCAAAAUAUUGCCCUUGGAACUUGAGGUGAUGGAGGAGAGGAGAGUGACUUAAUUUGUAUUCCGUGCAUUUUUUUUAAUUACCCCUAACAAAUGCAUGGACAUCAAUCUAGGUUUGCCACUGGUUAUUUUCUUAGUUUUUCUGCAGGUUUCUCUGUCUAGGACCAGCCACACAAAAUGUUGCAUUUUGAGAGGGAGGCCGGAGGCCUGUAUAAUAUAAACAAAGAUAUUGGAAUGUGAUCUCCUUAGGUCCUAGUUUGGCCAUAAUAUUUUGAGUCUCUCUUGCAACUUUUAAUUUUAGCUCAGGGAAGGUGGUUGUGAGUUGGAAUUGCUAUCUUUGAAUUCAAGGCCCAAACCGGGGCCAAAUUGACUUAAGUGUUCUGAAAAUUCAACAGAUCCAAUUAUCAGUGGGUCUCCUUGUAGAUAAUAAUCUGUAGAAGAUAUUGUUUGAGGUACUGUACAUUCUAAUUGUUUUGCUCAUUUUUACUAUGCUGAUCUUACCUCAUUCUCCACCCCUUCUCUGAAAUCCUAUUUUCAAUGCAAAACACCAGCCACAACACAAAUAAUUGUUUAUCUUUGAUUAAUCACGUUUAAUUCAAAGUUGAAAUUCUAGUCACUUUGGGCUUACAGCCUUGAAUCACUUUAUCAAUGUCUGAAUUUUAUAUCUUGCUUAUACAGUGUAUACACUUUAUUU